GCAGAUGGAGAGAGAAGAUGGUUCAGUGUGCGCGCCGGCUCGGAAGAUGCCGGACGCGCAAUACAUGGCAAAAGCGCUGAAAAACGCACUGGUGUGCGUGAUGCUGCUGCCGCGCUUUCUACUCACCGUUUUGAUUCUCUGGCUGCUCGACUUCCUCUGCAUCCGCAGCAGGGUGCUGAUGAAGAUGCGCGAGGGCGACAGUUCGAACCCCGACGACCCGCCGGUUACCGUGUCCGACUCGAAUCGCAUGUUCACGCUGGAGUCGCUGCGCGCUGUGUGGUACGGUCAGAAGCUGGACUUGUGCAAGACUGCACACCUGGGGCUGUCGGCGCCCAACAGCGAGGUGGUGCCACUCGGAGCGGGCAAGCGCGCCCGCAUUCUGGACUACGCCCGCGGUGCCAGACCGCUCAUCCUUAACUUCGGCAGCUGCUCGUGACCGCCGUUCAUGACGCGUCUGGCGGCCUUUCGGCGCGUUGCCGAGCAGUACGCGGACAUUGCUGACUCGCUGCUGGUUUACAUUGAAGAGGCGCAUCCGUCCGAUGGCUGGGUGAGCACGGACGCGCCCUACCAGAUCCCGCGCCACCGCUGCAUUAAGGACCGGAUACGAGCCGCACGGCUCAUGAACGCCAACGUGCCUGGCAGCGUCGUGGUCGCGGACACUAUGGACAACUCGUCCAACGCGGCAUACGGUGCCUACUUCGAGCGCCUGUACGUAGUCAAGGACCAAAAAGUGGUGUAUCAGGGAGGACGCGGACCUGAUGGGUACCGCAUUUUCGAACUGAGGAACUGGCUCAAACAGUACCGCCAAGAACUAGAAGAAUCCAGAACGGUCGUGGUUCAUGUCUAAAAUUACAUGCCAGCCACUGUGCCAUGAUAAACUAAUGUCCUGGAAGCUGCUAUAAACCGGGAGUGAUACUGUACACGAUAUGUUUCCACAAUAAGCAUUUUAAUGUUUUAAUGUUGCCACAGAAAGAAACUAUUUUUUGUUAUUUUUAUGAGAAAAGUUGCUUUUAGUGUGUAUUGAUGAAUAAAUAACUGUCAAAGCAACUGUUUUUAGUGUACAACUCUAACUGAAGAUGUAAAGUUGUGGUGUGUGUCUUUGACACCACAAUGAAAAAAAAAACAUUUCUAAUAGGCCUACCUUUUUAUAGAGUGUGUGUUUGUGCUCAACCGAAUGAUUGCUCUUGUUUUCCCUUUGCCUCAUUUUUUUCAAUAAUCUUGAUAUUUUAUUUAAACCCAGACAAACCUAUUUUUAUUUUGUAUUUUAUUAAUGAUGCUGCAUUAUGUAACUUUUAUGUUCUUGUAAAAAUGUGAUGUGUGCUGUGAUACAAGCACAAGCCUAAGAAACUUUAUUACCUCAUAGUCAAUAGCUGUCAGGAUUUAGACAUCAGACCUAUAGUUGAAAAACAAAAACCUUGAACUUAUUUUAAUUUCAUUUAACCAGGUGUGUCAUUUUGACAUAAAUCAGAUAUAUUACGUAGGCAUUACUGUGGCUAUCUGUUAUUGUGGCAACAAUUGUGUUAAUGUUUUAUUCCCAUGAGUUCAGUAAGUUUAAGGCAAAGCUUUUGUGUGAGCAAAACUUUUACAUGACUGUGUAUUGACUUGCUGCUUGCACCCUUUAUAUUAUUUGCACUGGAUACCUAAUGUUACAUGUUUUCCUCAGGAGUAGCUUACAAGACUAUUCACAUUCUUGAAUAGCUAAAAGUUACACACUGCAGCUCUUUUCUCUUUAGGUGACUUUUUAUUUUUGUAUUGUCUCCUUUGAGUAAGUGUGUGUGUGUGUGUGUGUGUGUGUGUGUGUGUGUGUGUGACUGGUUACGUGUGCGUGGGUGUGUGGCCGUUAGGCUGUUUUAUUGUACUACGGUGUUGUAAUGAAGUUCAGUUUUUAAAAGGAAUUGAUCCAGAAAACUGAUACUGAUGUGUUUUAACACUGGAGUACACGAGAAACAGAAAAAUGGCCUUUAUGCUAAUUGCCAAACCAUUCUUUUAAAAGUUGUAUAUAUUUUAUUAAAGAAAUAUUUUUUAAAUAAAUGUUUAAAACAAA